UAAACAAAGGAAACGCACUAAUACUGUUAGCUUUCCUCCUGUGUGACUGAACGGAGAGUGUGUUGUGUGAGCUGAGUGUGUGAGCCGAGUGUGUGAGCUGAGUGUGUGAGCCGAGUGUGUGAGCCGAGUGUGUGAGCCGAGUGUGUGAGCCGAGUGUGUGAGCCGAGUGUGUGAGCCGAGUGUGUGAGCUGAGUGUGUGAGCUGUGGCAGUAACAAUGCCUUCAGUUCAGUAUCUGAGAGAGUUUAUCAACGAGCGACUAACUGCUGCUGCUGAACAAAUAUUCUUGGAGUUUGAAAAAACGAUCGUCCAGUACGAGGAAGAGAUCGACCGUCAGCGCAGACUGCUGGAUAUCACCUGGAAACCCCAAAUCAAGCUGCACAGGACAGAUGUCCCACAGCAGCGUGUCUGUGAGGAUAAGGAGGAGGAGGAGGAGGAGGAGGAGGUUCUCUCUGAGCAGCAGCUCUGGAACCAGGAGAGGAGCUCCAGUCUGGACCAGGAGGAACCAGAACCUCCACAGAUUAAAGAGGAACAGGAGGAACUAUGCAGCAGUCAGGAGGGAGAGCAGCUGGGACUGAAGGAGGAGACUGAUACCUUUAUGGUGACUGCUGCUGAGGAAGGAGAGCACAGUGAACCAGAAGCAGACAGUGAACAGCUUCCAUCUCUCAGCUCUGAUAACUUUUUUUAUACCAAACCAAAAGACACAGAAAAUAUUAGAAACAGUUUCCAGUACCAAGAAGAGAUCAACCAUCAACAAAGGCAGUUGGCUGUCACCUGGAAACCAGAAAUCAAGCUCGACAGAAUAGACGCCCCACAAGAGCACGUCUGUAAGGAGGAAGAGGAGAUUCUCCCUGAGCAGCAGCUCUGGAACCAGGAUAGGAGCUCCAGUCUGGACCAGGAGGAACCAGAACCUCCACAGAUUAAAGAGGAACAGGAGGAACUGUGCAGCAGUCAGGAGGGAGAGCAGCUGGGACUGAAGGAGGAGACUGAUACCUUUAUGGUGACUGCUGCUGAGGAAAGAGACCACAGUGAACCAGAAGCAGGCAGUGAUCAGCUCAUCACUAACACAUCUUAUCUAGCAGUGAGCCAUGAUCAGGAAGGAAGCACUAACGAUGCACAAAACUUUCCACAGAGUCAGUCUAACACUAACACAGGUAAAAAGUCUUUAAAAUGUGAUGGCUGCAGAAAAUCCUUUACACAUAAGUCCCGCUUGACUUUACAUAACAGAAUCCACACAGGUGAGAAGCUGUUCCUUUGCACAACAUGUGGGAAAAGAUGUAGUCUAAAGGAUCCUUUGUUAGACCGUGUGACAGUCCAAGCAGCUAAAACUACACAUCUCUGUAAGACCUGUGGUAAAAUGUUUUCUAAUGCAUCACUACUUAAGAGGCAUAAAAUAAUCCACUCUGAUGAGAAGCAGUAUUCCUGCAAAACAUGUGGGAAAGGUUUUCACUAUAAACACCAUUUAGUUGUCCAUUUGAGAGUCCACACAGGGGAAAAGCCAUAUAUUUGUAAAACAUGUGAUAAAAGAUUUACAGCGUCGUCCUCACUUAAAAAACAUUCAUGGCUCCACUCAGGUGAGACACCAUACUCUUGUAAAACAUGUGGGAAAGCGUUUGCCACGACAUCUUCAUUUACACUACAUUCAAGAAUCCACACAGGUGAUAAGCCAUACUCUUGCAAAACAUGUGGGAAAAGUUUUUCCACCAAAUCGUGGCUUAAAAUACAUUCAAGAAGCCACUCAGGUGAGAAACCAUAUUCCUGCAAAACAUGGGAAAAGUUUCCAUCUAAAUCGAUUUGAGUAUCGAUUCAAGAACUCACACAUGUGAGAAGUCGUAGUCGUGAACUAUUUAUAGAGAAGACAAAGUCGAGCUUUUUGACUUUUUGUCUUCAAACAAUCAAGCAGCGAUUGUCUGACUUUAUUACUUUACUAAGAUAAUUCUGGUAAUACCUGUUUUUCCUUAAUGUCAGACUGUAAGUCAUGUUAAGACUUUCG